ACAGGAAGUUGCUUCAUGCAGGAAGAGGGGGCGCGGUCCAAUCUUCCAGUACAGAAAAACACGAAAGUGAGAAUUGAGAAUCACAUCACAAGCUUCAAGAUGGCAACAAUGUUUACAGCUUCUGCGAGCAUUAAGAGAGCAGUAACUUUGAUAAAUGGACUAGAUGUUAACAAGUUUCCUCUACUGUUGUCUAGAAUACUUCAAAAGUUGCAUUUGAAGGAAGAAAGAACAUUUUCAGAGGAGGAGGAAGAAAAAUUACAGGGUGCUCUCGAUGUUUCCUCUAAUGAACUUGAACUAAUACUGGAGACUUUGGAAUUUAUUCUUCAACAGGCAGCAUACCACACAGCGAAGCCAGCAGUGUUGGGGGAACAGCUGAGGCAGCUGGAGCUUCAAGAAGAUAAGGUUAAUAAAAUAGUUGAGGCAUGGACAAAUGGUGCCAGAGAUUUAGUGCAGAAACUGAAGGAACGGACUGUACAUUCAAAACAG